AUGGAGGUUCUCAAACUCCUUCGGGUCAGUCCCCUGCCCAAACUUACCGAUUAUGAGGUAUGCAUUGCAGUGAGUCUUGUGGACACCACAGCACUGGAGACCUCUUGGUCCAGCAUUGGGGGCCUGGAUGAGGUAGUGACCGACUUACUUGACUCCGUCAUCCUACCCUUCCGUGCCUCGACUUACCUUUUGCCACGUUCACGUCUUUUUCGUGCACCUAAGGGGGUCCUCUUCUACGGUCCCCCUGGGUGUGGAAAAACUCUCCUCGCCAGGGCUACAGCUCGGGCUGCCAACGCUAGAUUCUUCAACCUUCAGAUUAGUAAUCUUGUCAAUAUGUGGUAUGGAGAGUCGCAAAAACUUGCUGAGGCAGUAUUCUCGUUGGCACACAAACUCCAACCCUCCAUCAUCUUCAUCGACGAGAUUGGUAAGCACUCUGGCCCCUACAUGAAGGCGCUGUGA